AUGGCCAGCAGGCGUGCCAUCCAGCAGUUAGGUGGCUUUGCUUUGGCUACACUAGCAUGGAUCCUGUGCAGUGUCUCUAUGUGCCUCCCGCAGUGGCGAGUGUGGUGUUUUCGGGAGCCCAUGGAUUCCAAGCCCAGAAUGACUUUAGUGGGGAUGUGGAAAGUCUGCAUUUACCACCAGGAAGGCAAUUCCAACAUUUCCAAAGUGUGUUACAAAUAUACCUACCAGGACAGCUUCAUCCCUUUGGAUAUUCGAGUGGCUCAACACCUGCUACUGAUCUCCAGCUUUCUCGGCAUGAUUGCCACAGUCACUGUCAUUGUGGCUCCUUGGAAAAUUUACUCAGCGAGACUCCAGAAGAAAGCUACCUACAAUCUAUUCGUCAUUCCAGGGAUUCUGAACAUCGCUGCUAGCGUCUUUGUCUUCUUUACCAUCUCGUAUAAUUAUUUAGCCAUCAUUCGCGAGGAAGGAAUUGCCUUCCCCCCAUCUUUCCGCACACCCUCCAUCCCAGAUACCCAGAAAGUUGGCACUGCUUUAGCAAUGGCAACCCUUUCUUCCUUCUUAUUUCUAGUGGGUGGCACAAUUUUCCUUUCUUUCACUCUUCCCCGGCGCUCCCGAAUGUGUUCUAACAUUGGAAUAUAA